UUUAACACUAGCGCUUUAUGAACAGAAUGUGAGGAAAGCUGAGUAGGACGGACCGUUUUCACUUGUUGCAAACUGCGGUGACAGUUUCAUCAGCAGCUCUGUGAUUUAGGGGAGGAGUCGAGCUCCUGGUCGUCCCACUUGUGCUGUGAUCAACUGUCUGUGUGAUAAAUGAAGGAAUAGCUGUGAAAAAGAAGAUGAGUAAGACUGUGUAGAAGUUACACAAGGCAGGUAGAGAUACAGGACAAAAGAGGUUGGGAGCCAGGAAGUAAAGGAGGCAACAACCUGACAAUGCUGCUCCGGAGGCUGACCCUGUGUUCCAGGAUCCCCCAGGAUUCCCAGAGACACGUCUACCGUUUGUUCACCAGAUCACUGACACAAGUUCCCAAUGGAAGGGCACAUGGCGGCUCCUUUGCCCAUCGCGGUGAACUACGUCAGGCUAAGAGGAUCGUUGUGAAGCUUGGCAGUGCUGUGGUCACCCGUGGGGAUGAAUGUGGCCUGGCUCUUGGCAGGCUGGCCUCCAUUGUGGAGCAGGUGGCCAUGCUACAGAAUCAAGGCAGAGAGAUGAUGAUCGUCACCAGUGGAGCAGUAGCUUUUGGCAAACAAAGAUUAAGACAUGAAAUCCUGCUGUCCCAGAGUGUCCGCCAGGCCCUGCACUCCGGACAGAAUCAGCUCAAAGACAUGUCCCUGCCAGUGCUGGAGGCCCGGGCCUGUGCUGCAGCAGGACAGAGUGGUCUGAUGGCUCUGUACGAGGCUAUGUUCACCCAGUACAGUACUUGCACUGCACAGGUCCUUGUGACGAAUCUGGAUUUCCAUGAUGACCAAAAGAGACAGAACCUGAACAGCACACUGCAGGAGCUGCUGCGCAUGAACAUCGUGCCCAUCAUCAACACUAAUGAUGCUGUGGUACCCCCACCGGAACCCAACAGCGACCUGCAGGGGGUAAAUGUGAUCAGCAUUAAGGACAAUGACAGCCUAGCAGCACGACUAGCUGUAGAGAUGAAGGCUGACCUGCUCAUCGCUCUGUCUGACGUGGAAGGAUUGUACAACAGCCCCCCUGGAACAGAUGACGCCAAGCUUAUUGACAUUUUUUACCCUGGAGACCAGCAGUCCAUUACCUAUGGUACAAAGUCCAGAGUUGGAAUUGGGGGCAUGGAGGCCAAGGUCAAAGCUGCCCUGUGGGCGCUGCAAGGUGGUACCUCAGUGGUCAUAGCGAACGGCACCCAUCCCAAAGUAACUGGUCAUGUCAUCACUGACAUUGUGGAGGGCAAAAAGGUGGGCACGUUCUUCUCCGAGAUCAAACCUGCCGGCCCGACUGUGGAGCAGCAGACAGAAAUGGCACGCAACUCCGGAAGGACCCUGGCCUCUUUGCACCCAGAUCAGAGGAGUGAAAUAAUCUGCCAGCUAGCAGAACUGUUGACUGAAAAGAAAGAGGAGAUACUGGCUGCCAACAAAAUGGACAUGGACCUCGCUGUCAGUGCAGGUCAUUUGCCGCCUGCCAUGCUGAAGCGUCUGAGCCUGUCACCAGCCAAACUCAAUAGUUUGGCCAUAGGUCUUCGUCAGAUCGCUGUGGCCUCCCAAGACAGUGUGGGCCGUGUGCUGCGCAGGACCAGGGUGGCUCACAACCUGGAGCUGGAGCAGAUCACCGUGCCCAUUGGGGUUCUCCUGGUCAUUUUUGAGGCCCGGCCUGACUGCUUACCACAGGUGUCAGCAUUGGCCAUAGCCAGUGGCAAUGCUCUUCUGCUGAAGGGAGGCAAGGAGGCAGCAAACACCAACCGUGUCCUCCACCAGCUCACCCAGGAAGCCCUUUCCAUGCAUGGUGUUAGAGAAGCUGUUCAGUUGGUGAGCACCCGUGAGGAGGUGGAAGACCUUUGCAGACUGGACAAAAUGAUCGAUCUCAUUAUUCCACGUGGGUCAUCCCAGCUGGUGCGGGACAUUCAGCGGGCGGCCAAAGGCAUCCCAGUGCUGGGUCACAGUGAAGGAAUCUGCCACGUCUAUGUUGAUGCAGACGCUAGUGUUGACAAAGUCAUCAAGAUCGUCAGAGACUCCAAAUGUGAUUACCCAGCUGCUUGUAAUGCUAUGGAAACCCUGCUGAUUCACCGGGACAUUCUUAGGACUCCACUAUUUGACCAGAUUAUUGACAUGCUGCGCACAGAGCGGGUGAAAAUUCACGCAGGUCCUCGGUUUGCUUCCUAUCUCACAUUCAGCCCCUCAGAGGCCAAGUCCCUGCGGACAGAGUAUGGAGACCUGGAGUGCUGUAUGGAAGUGGUGGACAGCAUGCAGGACGCUGUGGAUCAUAUCCACAAGUACGGCAGCUCGCACACAGACGUUAUCAUCACAGAAAACGAGGACACAGCUGAGCAGUUUCUGCAGCAACUGGAUAGCGCUUGUGUCUUCUGGAACACCAGCUCACGGUUUGCUGAUGGCUAUCGCUUUGGACUCGGAGCAGAGGUAGGUAUUAGCACAGCUCGUAUCCAUGCCCGGGGGCCUGUUGGCCUGGAGGGGCUGCUCACCACCAAGUGGGUCCUGAGAGGUGACGGGCAUACAGCAGCUGACUUCUCUGAGCACGGCACCAUGAAGUACCUUCAUGAAAACCUGCCUGUUGGGCAGCCGCUAGCUGGUCGAAGGGACAGCAACUAGACCAGAGACACUUGGCUAACAUGGGUUGGAAUGGUUUAGUGUCCACCAGCAGAUCCCCAGGGUCUUGUGACGGGGAAUUGCUGAUGUCAAUGUUAAAACCUCUGAAGCACAUGGCAAGACAGAUGGUCAGCACACCUACAGUUCAUUUUAUCAAAACUAUGCAGUCUCUGUUGACUUAUACUGUUUUCAAAGACUAAGAAUUUGCAUCUGUAUGAAUUCUACCUCAUACUUUGAGUUACAUAAUGUUAUGCAACACUGAAAUAAUUGAUGAAUUGGUAAACUGAGCAAGAAGGCAACUGCUUAAAGUACAUAAAUAAAUAAGUAUACACAACUGAAGCAUGAAGCUUUUGAUGCAAUCUCAGGUUUUUAAGAAUAUGAUUUUUACAACUGACACUAAUAUGUAAAGACAGACUUUUUUAGUAUGUCAUAAUGUAUGCAUGGGAAUUAUCAGUUAAGUUUUAUUUAUACAAAAUCAUAACAAAAGUUAUCUCAUGACACUUUACAUUUAGAGCUAGUCAAGACCAGACUCAUAAUAAGCCAAUUCAGACGCUCAGCUGAAUAUUAGAGUAUAUUACCUGUACAAAACACACUUGGUGUUCUCUAAUGUAAAUUAUUAUAAUCCAAUAUUUUAUCUGUGGAUAAUUAUCAGGAAAGAAUAUUCUUCCUAAUGAAGACAGUAUUACAACAGUGGAUAUCAUCUCAUCUAUAUUUUUUAAUCCUUUGAUCAACCACACAUACUGAUGUACAGAGGACUGUUUCAUUAUUUUGCAAACCUCAGAUUCUUGCUGUCAUUUGUAUUUUUGCAGAUUGCAGGUGCUUGUUACCUACAGUUUGUCAAUUGUGCUCUUUAAAUGCUUUCUUUGUUGUAAUAUCCUUUUCUUUUUUUUUAAUUUCUUACUGUAAAUCCAAGUUGCAUUUUCUUUUUCUGAAUGUGUAAGUAUUUUGAUUAGAUAAGGUGCUGGUCAAGGCAAUUUUAUACAUGGAACAAAAGCUCGUAGUUUAUGUACAUUUCACCACUUUGCAGUUAAACUAAAGCUCAGUGUGCAGGUAAUGACAUGAAUUAUCAGAAAAUACCAGAUUUGCUAAAUAGUUAUGUUACAAGAUAAAAGACACUCUUGCCUGGUAUCCACACAUUUUAUUUACUGUUUUUAUUCAAUCAAAGUUGCUCUCAUUUUUCCAUGCUAUGCUGCUUCCCUGACUUUUUCCUUGUGGCGUCUCUGUCAGAGCAGGAACAGUAAUUGACAAGCUGCCUCCUUUAAGCUAGAGGGUAGAACACAACUGCUUUUAAAUUAAACCUCUGUACCAUUCCAGCCUCUGAGCACCUAUCUGAUGUCUUGCAAUGCACACUUAAAGAUUGGUUUGGGUUGUUUAACAGCAGUAUUGUAGAAUAAAAAAAAAUGUUGAAAAAGAA